AUGGCUGCAGGACCAGGCUUGAUCCACCUCGGACUCACGAUUUACCGGAGCCCCAUGGGCUGGGGCACUGAAACUGCACGGGAGCCACCGCUGCCCGAGCUGCGGGCUUGCCUCGUGUCUCAUCGCCGCUAUAAAAGCUCGGAGGCAGGCGCUUUAUUCCUCCAAGUCAGCAGCAUGCUGCGUCCCCAAAGGCCCAAAAGCCCAAAGGCCCAGCCAUCCCCGCCGCUACGGGCUCGGCAGGCAGGUCCACGCGCGCUGGGCGGGACUAGGCCACAUGAACUGUUCCCCCCAGCGUCCGUCGCAAUCCGGCGAGCAGACUUCCUUGUCGGUGUGCACUACCGAGGUUUCCUUGGGGCGGGGGUCUCCGUUCCGACGAAGAAUCCGUACCUCGAGCCGCACGUUUGGGCGCCACCUGCCCCGGCCCGCAGGGCUCCAGCCUGGUGCAGCCUCAGCCCCUCCACCGGGGAUGUAGCCGCAGACAACACCUCCAUAGACUUUCCUUUUGGAAAAUGGUUCCCAGAUCUAUAUGUAGACCUUUGUGAUAUUGUAGAUAGAUGGACCAACCCGUCUGGGUGGGGAUGUAACUCCCCUUGGGGUAAGGCAGCAACUAGACAGACCCGUUUUUAUGUCUGCCCUGGGCAUUCUCUUAGCCGCCAUCUAACAGCUCAAUGCGGUGGACCCCAGGAUGGUUACUGUGCCUCCUGGAGUUGUGUUAGCACUGGACACAUCUGGUGGACCGCCCCUGUAACUACUGAUUUCAUUACGGUGGGGCCCUAUAACCGUAGCAGCCCAGGCACCUAUCGCUGCGGUGGGCAAUCAUGUGGCCCAUGCUAUGAUUCCAACCAUUCUCCCCACACAAAAGAUGCCACAGAGGGAGGAAGAUGUAACUUACUAAAAAUCUCCUUCACAGAGUUAGGUAAACAGCAGACAGAUUGGACAGGAGGAAAAAUUUGGGGCCUCCGCCUUUACGUGUCAGGAGUGGACCCUGCUACCACCUUUAUGAUACAAUUACAAAGGAUUGACCCCCCUUCAAAACCUGUAGGCCCAAAUCCGGUCCUCCCCGAUCGAGGGAUAAAGACUCUGCCUAAGCCCGCUCAAACUCCUGCCCAGUCAUCUACCCCUAAGCUUACCCCAAUUACCCCUUCUAUUAGCCCGGAUCCAGGCACUGUAGAUAGAUUAUUCUAUUUGGUACAGGGAGCCUAUCUAGCACUCAAUGCAUCCAGUCCUAAUUCUACUCGAGAUUGCUGGCUCUGCUUGUCUGCUGAGCCCCCCUAUUAUGAAGGGAUUGCCUUUAUGGCCAGUACAUCCAAUAUCACCUCCCCAUCAGCAAGGUGCAGGGCUGUCCCUCACCAACUUACCCUGCCCGGAGUUUCAGGACAAGGGCUUUGUUUAGGAAAGGUGCCCUCCAGUUACACCCAGUUUUGCAAUAAAACUAUAAUCCCCUAUAUAGGAAGCUACUAUCUUGAGGCACCCAAUGGUACCUAUUGGGCUUGCAACACAGGAUUAACACCCUGUAUAUUUGCUUUAAGCCUUGAUGUUUCACAUGAAUAUUGCAUUUUGGUACAGCUUUGGCCUCAAAUCAAAUACUAUUCAGGGGAGAUACUGGUCUCACAGGCACAGCGCAGAGUGAUGAGAGAGCCUGUCUCUAUGACCAUUGCCCUUAUGCUGGGGAUUGGUGGCCUUGUUGCCGGUAUAGGAACCGGAACAGCUGCCCUUGUACAAAACAAUCAACUGUUGCAAUUACAAAUAGCUAUGAACACGGAUCUUGAGGCCAUAGAAAGAUCCAUCAGUGCUCUGGAAAAAUCGCUGACCUCUCUAUCCGAGGUGGUUUUGCAAAAUAGAAGAGGGCUGGAUCUCCUGUUCCUUAAGGAAGGUGGCCUUUGCGCUGCUUUAAGGGAAGAAUGUUGUUUCUAUGCUGACCAUACUGGCAUUGUCAAAGAGUCUAUGGAAAUCCUGAGAGAACGGUUGGCUAAAAGAAAGAGAGAGUUUGAGAACCAAAAAGGAUGGUUCUCAAAUUUGCUACAGGGAUCCCCCUGGUUGUCUACUUUACUCCCAACUAUUAUAGCCCCCUUAAUUGUUUUCCUAUUGCUUCUUUCUUUUGGCCCAUGGGCCCUUCAACGGCUAACCCAGCUUAUUAAAAGACAAAUUGAUUCGGCCUUACCUAAAAGUAUUUCGGUCCAUUACCACAAAUUAGUAGCAGCUGACCCGGGGGAGGAGCGAGGGUCACAGCAAGAGCUCAGGUUCAGUAAUCAAGGACUCAGGUUUAAUAACUCAACAUGCUAAGACUGAUGCAGCAAG